AUGCAUGUGCUAAAGAGGCACCAUGCGGGCUGUCAAGUGUCGUCUAUAGUACCCAUUCGUGAGCCCUGUGUGGUCGUGCGUUCAAGGACAGGACAGCUCGACACGCACGGCUCAAGGGAUGUGCCAAAGCCAGAACGACUCCCUUUUACCCUUCCGUCGCCUGGUGUCCGGGUUUCUGAGGCUCUGCUGGGACUCGCUACCGGCGCCGAGCCGACGGAGUCAGAGGCAAGGCAUGGCACAGAGGGCUAG